UCCAGGUUUUCCAUUUUCCCCUGUUAAGAAAGUAAGGCUUCGACAUUUCCUGCCUGGGAAGUGGUGCAGUUUAUCUUUAAGGAGGCUAGAGAAAUAAGAAAUGAGUCUCACGUUGCAUGGGUGACAUCACUGGCUUUUGGCUCAGCGCUCUGUAUUCUCUGUCUGUAGGCUUUAGCCAAGGCUGCAGGGCUCGGUGUUUGAACAAGGAAAGAUUCCCAGGUGUACAGAAGAUUGGAUUCACUCUUAUUUGGGUUAAAAACAUUUGAAAUGAGAUUUCUAAAGCUUGGGGACUCCAACUCGCCUUCUGUUGCACUUGAUCUCUACAGGAUGGGUGAGUUAUUCCCAUUAGAGAGAAAGGGAGUGGAAAUUUAAGGAGAAAAAAAAAAUAAUAUGUCUGAACAUAUAAUUGCCGAUGCCAGGGAUACGACUCUCAUGAAGCUGCCAAGCUAAAAAAUCUGAGCUCCGACGUGGAGAUAAGGCCAUAUGGCAGAGAAAUUAUGUUGACAACAGUUAGGGGCUGCUUUCCUCUCCCCGUGUAAGGUGUGUAGCUUUCCUUCCCCUCCCUCCUCCUCCUCCUCCCCGGUUUGUUUUGGUUUGCUUUCUACCCCCGACCUCCCUUCUCCUCCCUCCCCGCUCCUCAGCAUCCUUUCCUCCAGCCGAAGCCCUGCCUUCAUCUUGCAGAUGGCCAACGUGCCGCCGCGUUAGGCAAACUGUGCAUAACACAUCCCAGCAGCCCCGGGGGGGGGACACGAAGGAAGCUGCUCCGAUCCCGGGGUGUGCGGGAAGGGUGUCGGUGCGUGCGGGCAGAGCGAUGCUGGGGCCGGGCACCGGAGAACCGGGGAGCAUCCUUCGGCUGAUGGGGAUGACGGCGCAGAUGACAAAAGCGGGAGAGUGAAUGGCAAGGCUGGCGGGGAGAAGCCGAGGUGUUUCCGAAGCCGAGAUGUCAGUGACUGUCAGCCCAGCCUGCUAAGGGGGAGCGCGGUGCACGCCCGCCUUUCCAGCUCCAGCCGGGGAGGUUGUGUCGGAGCCGCGAUUUAAAAGGGCAGCAGCGACAACAACAGAUUGCUCCCCCCUCUCCCUCCCCCUUCGACCCCGCUUUAAACCUAAGCAAGCCACCGGCCGCCCAGACGAUGAUGCUCUCGCUGAGCCGCUGACAAAGAAAAGGCGAGUCACCCAUUCCCGACACCGGGAUAACGGGGCUGCUUGGAAGCCGGAGAGCGCUGGAUGCUGAACUUUUCCGUCCUCUGAUGAUGCUGGGGUGAGCCUGCUGAGCUGAAAGCCAUCUCUUCUGGAUUUCUGACCUGAAAGAGAUUAAUGGACUGAUCAAACAGCUUUCAGGUAGCUUUCAGGUCUUUUCAGGGGGGAUCCAUCCCUUCGGUCCCGGUCGCUCAGGUGCUCGUGGUGACGGAGCAGGACAUCUUUGUAUAGGUGGGUCGCUGGCUUGCUCCUGUUUGAGGUGGAAGGCUGUGUUUCACCCUGCCAGGUCUCCUCUGUAGAGGAGAAUAGGCAGAUGAGACUCCAGGACUGUCCCCAAGGCAGAACUUUGUAGCACUCUUGGCAUCCCUCCGCAACGUGGAUGUGAGCCACGGGGGUUGGGGAUGUUUGAGGCAGUCUCGGCCAAGUGACACCUAGCAGCUGCUCCGGAGGUUUUGCAUCGUCUCAACGCUCGAGGGCUUUGCCUGUUGUGAAGAUGUCCAUGGUGUUUCUGUGAAGCUGAGGUAUGGCUGCUGGAAGGUUACUGCUGUAUGCUGGCCUCUCUUUAGCUCUGUGUGCCCUGGGCAUGCUGGCUGUGGCAAUCUGCUCUGACCAUUGGUAUGAAACUGAUGCCAGGAAGCACAGAGAGAGGUGCAAGAGCAUCACCACUAAGAGAAAUGACCCUGGCUUCAUUUAUAACUCCAACAACAACCUGCCUCUCAGGGCCAGCAGGUCUAGGUUGGACCGCUGGGAAGGGAAACUCCUCUUGGCAAGAAACAGGAGGCAGAUCUUUGCUAUGAGCGCAGUCGAUGAGUGCAACAGACAGUACAACUCGACCAACAUGGGGCUCUGGAGGAAAUGCCACCGACAAGGAUUCGAUCAAGAGCUGGAGGAGCUGAUUGCCAAAGGAGCAAUUGAGCGGUGCUCAUACAUCAAGUACCACUACUCCUCAGCGACCAUUCCCAAGAACCUCACGUACAACAUCACCAAGACAAUCCGCCAGGAUGAGUGGCAUGCCUUGCAUCUGCGCAGGAUGACAGCUGGCUUCAUGGGCAUGGCUGUGGCCAUCAUCCUCUUUGGAUGGAUUAUCGGGGUGCUGGGGUGCUGUUGGGAUCGAGGCCUUAUGCAGUAUGUGGCGGGGCUUCUCUUCCUCAUGGGAGGAACCUUCUGCAUCAUUUCACUGUGCACGUGCGUGGCUGGAAUCAACUUUGAGCUCUCCCGCUACCCCCGCUACCUGUACGGACUUCCCGACGACAUCAGCCACGGCUAUGGCUGGUCCAUGUUCUGUGCGUGGGGAGGCCUGGGCCUCACUCUUAUCUCUGGCUUCUUCUGCACUCUGGCCCCUUCUGUCCAACCUGUCCCCAGGACCAACUGCCCCAAAUCUAGACCUGAGAAUGGGACAGUGUGCUAAAACAAAUAGCAAACAAAUGCACACACACAUAUACAUAUAUAUAUGUCUAUGUAUACCUAUACAUGCAUAUAUAUGUAUAUAUAAUUAUAUAUAUAUAAUCUCAAGUUAAUGCCAGUGCCAAGAUAGAGCUGAGUCCAACACGGCACUCACAUCUCCACCGGACUCUAUGUUGCUUCGUUCUUUCUCACAGCAAUGGGAAAGCUUUUCUCUCACAUGGAUCUUCCAUCCAACUCUUAACUUCAGCAUCGUAUCUUAGAGGUUGAAUGAACAUACAGUUGCACCUACGUACUGUCUUUUGGGAAGGGGAACAGGGGGUCUGUAUGGGGUAUCUGGAACC